AUGCCUCAGAUUUCAAAUACUCCAGAAUCUGUGCUGCCACGCUCAGAUUCACGAAAUCCUGCUACCACAUGUAGAGGCAUCACGACUCAAGGCCGGCCUUGUCGCCGCGCUUUAGCUUCUUCUCCGACUUCAUCGCCAGCCUCAACGCCUCAAAAGAAAGGUGCUCGCAAUGGAGUACCUGAUAUGGCUUCCUUGUACUGCUGGCAGCAUAAGGAUCAAGCAGGGUCCUCAAAUACUGCUUUUCAUGACACUAUCACUCCGGUGAAGCCGAGGACUAGUAUCGACACGCUGAUGGACAGACUCGGCGUCCUCGAGAUUAAUGAUAAGCCGCUUCGCAAGAGACCACAGAAGCAGAGGACGAGCCAAAGUGGCUGCAGUGAAAAGCGUCGCCCCAGGAGAACGUUCUGCUGUUUCGAGAUCGUGGACGAUGCUGAAGAUCAUAGGCCAUCAGCCCCUGUUCCAAGGCCUGCACAUACUCGACACUCACAGGGCCAGUGGCAACGGCCUAUUUCAAAUCCACGACCGCAGCAGAUAAGAGUGUUUUCAACAACACAGCAGCUGUCUGCUCCACAGACUCCAACGCGGCCCUCUCUCCCCAACAACCGACACUCGUCAUCAUCCUCGCAUACUCCAUCUCUACUAUCAUGGAUUCCUAAAACUCUCUCGCCGCAAACGACAUCUGUCCUUCUCACAGAGCUGGCCAAGCCUAUCUCCAACGCUGAUGACGAGGGCUACAUCUACAUGUUCUGGGUGACUCCCCAAAGUACUGCUAAGAACGCACAGCCGCCACUUCCAAGGGAUAUCGCAUCUUCAAUCCUACCCUCCGCCCCGCAGACGCAUGACGGUCUCAGACCACCAGCUCAACCUCGCAGCGUGAGCGAUGCUCUACGCGCAGCCAAAGAUCUGAACGCUCUAGCGACCAAUCCAACAUCAACCACUCCAGGAUCUAUCCGAUUGAAAAUCGGCCGCACAAGUAACGUGCACCGUCGCCUUGCCGAGUGGACACGGCAAUGCUCUCACAAUUUGACUUUGAUUCGUUACUACCCUUACACUCCGUCGUCUGCAUCUUCUUCUCCUGCGAGGGUCCCCGCGUCUCGGCAAAGGGCUCGUAGCAAUGCUAGUCUGGCGACGUCUCUCCUACCAGGGAGGAAGGUCCCGCAUGUUCAUCGUGUGGAACGACUGAUUCACCUUGAGCUAGCUGAUUUGCGAGUGCGUGAUUUGGGCCGCUGUGAUGAGUGUGGGAAGGAGCAUCGGGAGUGGUUUGAAGUUCAGGCGGCCAAGGAAGCACUGCGGAGGGUUGAUGAAUGUGUACGACGGUGGGUCUCGUGGGGAGAGUCCAUGGCAUGA